GAGAGAGAGAGAGAGAGAGAGAGAGAGAGAGAGGGAGGGAGUGCGUCUAUCUGCAACGCUUUCGCCACGGCAUUCACUGCACACAGAGACAGGCGACGACUCCGACGCCGUAAUAAACACGCUUCUAUGCAAGAGGAACUGGAUACACAGCCAUUACUGUAGUUAAGUAGAUUACACUGGCGCCUGUAUAUCACAGAGCCAUAGUCUAUAUAUAUAUUUGAGGGACGGGGAGUGGGCUACUCCAACAGAGACAGGUCGCCGUAGCCAGAGAAACCACUGGGCGCUGUGUUAAGGAUCCCCUGCAGUUAAAUCAAUCGCUUCAUUUCCAUAUUCCGUAGUAUUCCCCUCCCCUGUCGUGCUGUAAAGUGUUAAUGCAACGCGUCGCUUUGCUCAACACGAAGCUCUGGGAAUUUUUGUAAUAUUUUAAACGCACCGCUCCCCGGUUCUGGCGGGUGCGUCUGAUGCGGUUGCAGACGCGGACGGCAAGUGCGAGAAGACGUCAAUGAUCUCCGCUGUCGAAGAGGAGCGCUGUUUUUUCUACACAUAUACCCAGAACCAGAACCCGUGCCCGUGUGUGGAGCACCGUCGUUCCUUUUGCUUGGUGGGUUUUUCCUUUUCAGCCCAUAACUCUUGACUAGACUGAUGGGUUCUUAAUCCUUAUUUUCGAUUCUUUUUUUGUUGUUGUUGCGGUCGUCAAAGGCAAGGCAACUGGAUAUCGCUCCCUGUCCAUACGUAUGAUGUAGAAUUAAACGUGCUACCUGUAGUUGCCAUUAUUAUCAUCACACUCCUUUUUUCGUGGCACUCUCACCAAAAUGCCGGCUGGAAUGAAGCCUCUGGAAAAGUUUCUGAAGAAACAGACCACUGCCCUCAGUCGGGCCGGGGGUUUCGGCGAAAAGGCAACUGGCACUGGGGCUUCUCGGCGAAGAGCCAGCCUCUCCAGAGUCGUGCCGUUCUUCAGGGAGACUUCGCCGGAGAGCGGCCCCGCGCGGGAGGUGUUCAGCCCUGACACGGAGGAACCGCCGUGCUGGCCCCCGGCCGCCGCGGACAUCAGGAGUCCGUCGUUGUCCAGCGAUGAACAGAGCUCGGAAGCAAGUCUGGAGACGACCUGGACUCCGCUGCCCCCAGACACGCCUGAGAAUAUCGCACUGGCGGUGCUGGACAGCGUAGCGGGCAAACGACACACAAACUGCACAGAAACGCUCCUGGAUGACUUCAUGCUGACACACCCCAUCUUCAUGGCCCCGGACACGUUCCAGCAGGUCCUCCUGCAGCAAUUCGGGGGCGAGGGGAGGCAGGGCGAGGCCUGGCCGGGCUGGGAGCGGGGCGAGAAGAAGCAGGCUGUGCUCAGCGUGGCCUUCCGCUACCUGGACACCUACAGAGAGCUGCUGCUGGAGGAGGGGGAGCGCGCCAGCAACUUCCCCAAGGAGCUGUACCUGUGUGCCGCGGGGGAGCUGAGCCGCCACCCGGACCUGGUGGAGGACGUCCUGAAGCUGCAGCGCUGGACGGAGAUUCUGCAGAACUCGCCGGAGGAGGACAAGGAUGCCAAGCGGAAGCAGGUGCGGCCGCUGUUCCGGCAUUUCCGCCGCAUCGACGCCUGCCUGCAGCCGAGAGAGGCCUUCCGCGGCUCGGACGAGAUCUUCUGCAGGGUGUACACUCCGGACCACUCCUACGUGACCAUCCGCAGCAGGCUGUCGUGCCGCGUGGGGGAGAUCCUGGCGCAGGUCAGAGAGAAGCUGCAGUACAGCGAGGAGCAGCCCCGCCCACCCGGGGACCUGCUGCUGGUGGCAGUCACCUCGGCCGGGGAAAAGGCAGUUUUCCGUCCCAGCGAUGAGGCAGUCUUCACCACUCUGGGUGUCAACACACACCUGUUCGCCUGUGAGCCAUCUGAGCUGGAGACCCUGUUGCCCCUCCCCGAGGAAAUCCACUGGUCUCCCGGCGACAGCAAGCUGCACGACAUGAGCGCGGAGGAGGUGGCCAAUCAGCUGGUGACGUUCGACUGGGAGCUCUUCAGCUGCGUGCACGAGCUGGAGUUUGUGUGCUACGUGUUCCACGGGGAGCAGGCUCGCUGGCGCCCCCUCAACCUGGAGCUGGUACUGCAGCGGUGCAGCGAGGUGCAGCACUGGGUCGCCACGGAGAUCCUGCAGUGCCAGUCCCUGCCCAAGAGGGUGCAACUGCUGCGCAAGUUCAUCAAGAUCGCUGCCCUGUGUAAGCAGCAGCAGGACCUGCUCUCCUUCCUGGCGGUGGUCCUCGGCCUGGACAACCCCGCAGUGAGCCGUCUCCGUCUCACGUGGGAGGGUCUGCCCGGCAGGUUUAAGAAGCAGUUCCAGCAGUUUGAAAGCACUGCGGACCCCUCCAGGAACCACAAGGCCUACAGGGACCUGGUGGGAAGCCUGAGGCCCCCCCUCAUCCCCUUCACCCCCCUGCUGCUGAAAGACCUGACCUUCCUCCACGAAAGCUGCAAGACGUUCCACGGGGAGAUGGUGAAUUUUGAGAAGAUGCACAAGGUGGCAGAGAUGGUGAGGAGCAUCAGGAGGUGCAGGAGCGCGCAGUUUGCGCUGGACGUGGAGCCCUCUCCCUCUCAUCUGCAGACGCGGGCGUACGUGAGGCAGCUGCAGGUCAUUGACAAUCAGAACCUGCUCUUCAACAUGUCCUGCAAGCUGGAGCCCAAAGACGUGUGAGAGAGCCCCCCGCCCCGAAAACUACGCCCCCUACAUCUCACCCCCCACCCCGAAAACUACGCCCCCUACAUCUCACCCCCACCCCGAAAACUACGCCCCCUACAUCUUACCCCCCACCCCGAAAACUACGCCCCCUACAUCUUACCCCCCACCUCGAAAACUACACCCCUACAUCUUACUCCACACCCCGAAAACUACGCCCUCUACAUCUUACCCCACACCCUGAAAACUACGCCCCCUACAUCUUACCCCACACCCCGAAAACUACGCCCCUACAUCUUACCCCACACCCCAAAAACUACACCCCCUACAUCUUACCCCACACCCCGAAAACUACACCCCUACCCCACCCUGAAAACUACGCCCCCUACAUCUUACCCCACACCCUGAAAACUACGCCCCUACAUCUUACCCCACACCCCGAAAACUACGCCCCCUACAUCUUACCCCCCACCCCGAAAACUACGCCCCUACCGCACCCCGAAAACUACACUCCCCUACCCCACCCUGAAAACUAAGCUCCUGUACCCUACCCCAAAUACUACGCUCCCCUACCCCCUACCCCCUACCCCCCACACCUUAAAUCCCCCCCAUCCUGAAAACUCUGGUCCCCCCAGGCCUGGAGACUUUUGAACUGCCAACCCCCCAAGUGGUAAACCGUGGUGAAGCUGUUUACACCAUGGUAAAGCUGUUUACCACCAUGGUAAAGCUGUUUACCGCCAUGGUAAAGCUGUUUACCGCCAUGGUAAAACUGUUUACCACCGUGGUGAAGCUGUUUACACCAUGGUGAAGCUGUUUACCACCGUGGUAAAGCUGUUUACCACCGUGGUAAAGCUGUUUACCACCGUGGUAAAGCUGUUUACCACCAUGGUAAAGCUGUUUACACCAUGGUGAAGCUGUUUACUACCAUGGUAAAGCUGUUUACCACCAUGGUGAAGCUGUGGUCACAUGUGAAUAAGACGCAGACAGGCCUCCUGCCACACCCACCGGCCCCCUCCCUCCCGACCCCCCCUCCCGUCGCCCCCCCCCGCUCUGGUGACGGGGCCGCGGCCGACACUGUUGCACUGCCACCGCCCGAAACGAAACCCAAACCCACGCGCGUCGGGCUCCGCCCACCCCCACCGCGCCCCGCUUCUGUACAGGAACCGCUUUCUCUGUGAGCUUGUAUAAAACCCGCUACGACCACCACCUGCCACCGGAGGCAGCGCUGCUUCAGACGAGACAAUCUUACCCCCCCCUCCCCCCCCCCAGUCCCGCUCUCUCUCUCUCUCUCUCUCCCUCCCCCCCCUCCUACACCCCACUCCCCCACUCAGGCACUCUCCGCGGACAGCUACGCAGCGGCCAUGAAAGUGUUGCCCUUAGAAACGGACACCACCUGCCCGAGUGUGACGUGCACUUAAUGCUUCCUGGGUCAGGACCCCGAAGGAGGGCUGCCCCAAGCUGCCUGUAUAAUAUGUCUGUACAUACGUGUAAAUAGUAAAAUAGAAAGGUCCUAUUUUAAGUAUGAGGAAGAGGAGGCCGUGUAUGGCUGACCGGGCUGUCCUUGGUUUUGUACAUUUGGCGCGGGCGGUUCGACGGUUUGUGGAGAGCUGUACAGCUGUGUUUUGCUGCCUGUUUUUGUAAAGAAGUCGGUGUUUACAGUGCGCUCUGCUGAAACUCAGAUGAUCGUCUGCCUGAGGAAACACACGCGUGUGUGUGUGUGUUCAUCCCUCUGACACUACAACCUAAUAAAGCUUCUCCUGAUCAA